GGUUCGUAAAUGUGUCGGGCACCGUUUUGGACGUUGGUGUCAUCUUGGCUUUCUUCUGUUCUUACCUUGUAGACUGUCCAAUCCUGACCUAAGCAUCCGUCUCAGUUACUAACCAAUCACAUCGACCCUCACACCUUACAUUUUAAAAGGAUAACGGAGUGUAAUGUGAACUUCUAAACGAACUAAAAAUGAAUGAACAAGAUCAGAUUAUGUCCGAAAUAGAUCGAAAGCAAGUAACCGAAUUCAUUGUUGAAACUUCUGAACGUUUAUCUUUGAGAACAACACUGUUGGAGCAAAAUUUAGCAAUUGCAGGCAAAUGGCCAGAUGAUACCUUCUUCGUAAAAAAGGAUUCAACUUUGAAAAAGAAUACUGCUUUUGUCAAGAAAGUGCGAAACUUCCUCGAUAGCCAGAAAGAUGCACUUUUAUCAGAGUUCGAGUCCCUGAAUCUUUCUAAGUAUGUUGAAGAAGUCGCAACCGCGAUCGUUGAAGCGAAAAUAAAAUUAACUGACAUUCCUUUUAUGCUGAAAUUAUGUUCAGCGAUGUACCAACGUUAUUCAGAUUUUGGAGUGUUGUUUUUUGAUGCGUGGAAGAAAUCAUUCUCCUCACACAAAGAUUUAAAGAACACUAAUCUUUCCAAACUGCGAGUUGAUUUGGCCUUAUUCGCUGAUCUUAAUACAAUCGGAAUAUUUCGAGACGCUGAUGGUAUCCGAUUGUUGGCUGGGCAAUUGACUCUUCUAACUGCAAAUGAUCAUGAUAACUUCUCCAAUAUCGGGAUACUUAUUAGCUUCUGUAGACAUUGCAGUGACGACUGGAUAGGAGUCAUUCCGCGUCGUAUACGACUGUUAUCUGAAAAGUAUGAAAUGUCGGUUCCACGUUCCAUCUUCAUGUCAUCUGAACGUCAAGCAAAGUGUCGUACACUAUUCAAUGACUACCUAGCUGGAGCGAUGCAUCGUUUACAAAAUAUGGUCAAAGAAACCCAACGAAUCAUUUCGGUAAACAGGGACCAACUCGAAAGUCGUGGUGAAGUUAGCGAAGAGAAGCAAGAGCGGGCGGAGCAUUUAAUGUCAGCCUGUCGUAAAUUCCAUGAGUCCUUAAGUACUUUAGCUGAUCUUUUGGACGCAGAUCCACCACUUGAUUUUUCAUCUAUGAUAAAAGAUGAAUCUAUGUCAGACUUGACCGCACCUGAUUCAGUCGAAAAAGUUGUUCAUGAACAAGUUAAUCUGUUUGAAGAUGAAGAUACACGUUUAUUUUACGAAAGUCUACCUGAUAUCAAAGCAAUGGUACCUGCGAUCCUUUAUAAAGAAAGUGAACAAGCUGGUGUAGAAUCAAAUCAGUCAAAGAAUGAGGAUGGGGAUCCUGCCGGAAGUGAAGAUAUUGAUAUUGACACUGUUGAAUCAGAAUUAGCUAAAGAAGAAGCAUUAAUUAGAGUAUCAGAAGAUGGUAAUGAAUCAACUAAUUGCACAUCUAUGCCUGAUAAAUCAAAACCAUAUUUGUUAAAUACCGAUGAUGGUGAAGAAGAUCUAAAUCCUUCGGGGAAAGUCCUCAUGGAAACAUUUUUAACCCAAUUACCAAAUUGCAUUAAUCGGGAUCUCAUCGAUCGAGCAGCUAUCGACUUUUGUUUGAAUUUAAAUAAACGAGCGAAUCGUCGACGACUUGCUAAAGCUUUAUUUAGUGUUCCAAGAACGCGUUAUGAUUUAUUGCCAUUUUAUGCGCGCUUUGUGGCUUCAUUAGCCCCAGUGAUGCCUGACUUGGUACAAGAUAUCAAUUCUAUGCUUACUGCAGAAUUCCGUUGGCGUCUAUCUAAACGAGAUCAAUUAAAUAUCGAGUCCAAAUUAAAAGUGGUUCGAUUUAUUGGCGAACUUGUCAAAUUUAAGAUUUAUCCAGCUCAUCAAGCUUUGACAUGUUUAAAACAACUUCUUCCUCAAUUUGUACACCAUAACAUCGAUAUGGCCUGUGCUUUAUUGGAUACUUGUGGGCGUUUUCUUUAUCGUUUACCUAUAUCACAUAAACGUACAAAAGUUUAUUUAGAAAUAAUGCUUAGAAAAAAAGUUGCUUUACAUAUGGAUCAGCGUUAUUCUAUUAUGAUUGAAAAUACAUAUUACUAUUGUAAUCCACCACCAUCCAAUCGCCAGAUUGUCGAACCUGUGAAGUUGACACCUCAAAUGAUGUUUAUACGUCAUAUUUUGCUAACGAAAUUGGACCGAACUACCGUUAAUACUACUUUACGGCUAAUUCGAAAAAUGGAUUGGAAUGAUCAAGAACUUGUCGAAUUUACGUGCACCCUUUUCACUAGAGCGUGGGAUGUUCGCUAUACGAAUAUAAAUUGUCUAGCCAGUGUGUUAUCUGGGUUGGCUACCUAUCAUUCGGACUUUGCCAUGGCUGUUGUCGACAAUGUCAUCGAAGAUAUCCGUGUGGGUAUGGAGCUCAACCUUCCCAGUUUGAAUCAGCGUCGAAUUGUAAUGGUCAAAUACCUUGGUUUGUUGUAUAACUAUUGUCUGGUGGAUUCUCCGGUGAUAUUCAAAACACUUUACUCUCUUCUCACAUUUGGUGUUAGCUUGGAUCUUGAUUUCCCAAGUAUUAUCGACCCACCGGAUUCAUUGUUUCGAAUUACAUUAAUUUGCACACUACUUGAAACAUCUGGAAGUUUCUUUGAUCAGGGUAAAAAGCGACGAAAAUUGAACAUAUUCCUUAUAUACUUUCAGCGUUAUUACUGGUUCAAGCGUUCUCUUCCUAUAUGGGUGCAGUCGAAAAACGAUACUGAGUUAUUAUCAGCCAAAUCAGUAAGUGAAACGAAGACAGAUCUCCAUACUGGCGAACUAACAUCCUCGGUUGAAGACCCUGCUGUAAAUCAUUCUGAAGAUUCAUUGGUAUUUAAUAAUCCUGAAUCAUCAGUUGAUAUAUCUGGUCUUAAUUCAGAUACCCAAACUAAUCUACCUAUGUUUGUUCCUGUGCGUUUUCCUGUUGCAGUAGAGCAACAAUAUUUUGAAACUUUACAACAGUUCCGUGGUAAUGUUGGUCGAGCGAAAAAUUUCGCAGAAGCACAACGUCUCGUUCGUCAUCUGGAAACCCGAUGCCUGCCUCGCCUUGCCCGCCUUAAGGCUGCAUAUGGACUAACAAGUGAAUCAGAAAAUGUGAAAAACGGUGGUCAAGACCUAAAAAUAAUUUCAGAGAACAAAUCAAUUCGACCAACUGGUCCUGGUCACAUGGAUACGAUAGCUGAAGAGACUGAACAAGAAGAUGGAGACAUCCAGCUGGGUGACGAUGAGUAUUCUAUGGAUGAGGAAGAUUCUGAUUUGGAUGACGAAGAUGAAGAACAAGGAGGUGAGACUCAUUCAUCUCAACGCCGUCAAUCUACUGACUUGAUAGAAUCGGAUGAUAGUCGUCGUCGUGCUCGUGUUGAUAGCCAACAAUCUCAAGAAGAUAUUGAUCUCACACUGGAGAAAACAGAAGGAAAAGAAGCAGAGGAAGAGGAGAUUGAUCAGAACUAUGAGUUGAAGCCACGAUUUAUUGAUUGUCCUGAGGAUACUGCAUUCUGUGAAGCUUUGGAUAAAAUGAUUGCCGAAGCAUUAUUGUCAUCUACAUCAGGGAGUAAUAGUAGUAGUGUCAGUGGUACAGUUACUAGUGUAACCAGUACUAUCAAUGUUAGUACUGAUACAAAUCCUGCAUCAUCUCGAACUCUCAGUGUAAAUGUUCUUCCCGCUCCAGAAAUACUACAACUGGCAGCAGCAAAGAGUCGUUUAGCAAUGAAAGAAGGUGACAGUUCAUCAACAAAUAAAGUUAGCCAGCAAGCGAUUAAUCAUCAUAGCUCUACCCUUCAUUCUGUGCCGACGAAAUCUAAUGGAGAUAAUUUAGAAAUUAAUAAUUCGGAUACAUUUUCAGCUGUAAAUGGUGAAGAUAAUCAGAAUACUGUUCCCUUUACACUAAUUUCGCGUCGUGGAAAUAAACCUCAUCUAAUCCCAUUGGCAGUCCCGGACUCAGUGCAAUUUGCAGCGCGUUAUAUUCAAGCUGCAGCUGCCGAGAGAGAAGAAAGGGCUCGGAUGAAACAACUAGUACUUGAAAUGCAUGAAGCUCAGAAGGAAGAAGAAAUGGAGUGGGGUCAUUACGGCGGUCCAGAUGCUGUUUUGGCUCAUCAAUUCCCUGUCAAUGUGAAUCGUGAUCGCUGGGUAAAGUAUAAUCAUCCAAAAGGAGCACCGGACGCCGAUGUAGUUUUUGGAACACACAGGUAACUUAAAUUUCCAUCACCAUAUAUGUCAUCAUUUUAUUAUGCGUGAAGAAAUAAAUAUACUCACCAUUUUAUAACGCCAGUCUUUUAUCUUCUAAUUUUUUCUCAAAGACUAUUAUGAAAAAAUUAUUGUAUUUUUCAAUGUAGUGAUUCACUACUCGUUAACAUAAUUUCAACUUCUGAAAUUUGUUUUGAAUGAAUCAAUUAGUUUGUUUGUCUAUGUGAUUUGGUUACUGAUAGAUAUUUGUUGGCUAGUGAAUCAGUUUUCAUCGUUAUCUAUCUGGAUUUCUGAACUCAUCACUCAUAAAAGUUUAGAUGGCUCCCACUUUAUUUUCAAAAAAAAGAAAAGAAAUUUCUUGCUCGUAUCUCAUCCAGUGAUAAAAAUUUGAAAGCACCGUAUUCACUUAAAAGUGUGGAUUUAACUACUAGCAAUUAUAUUAAGUAGUAUACCCGAAUAACUAGAUAUAUAUUAUAGUUAGGAAAUUAAUUAGCUUGUCUACUGUUGGAUUCUCAGUAAACAAUGAACCACAAAGUUUCACAUGCUCUUUGUAAACAGUAUUACUAAGUUUGUAUGAAAGAUAACUGGUACUAUUUGUUUUUGGUGCUUUAAAUGAGAUAUUUGAUUGUUGUAUACUCUUUACCGAUCUAAACUGAAACAAAUUUUCUCUACUAGUUAUUCCACUGCACGGCAACACAAAGUGCAAUAUACUUGAAAGUCCAGAUAAGAGAAUGGAAUUGACGGUAUUACUAAGUUUGUAUGAAAGAUAACUGGUACUAUUUGUUUUUGGUGCUUUAAAUGAGAUAUUUGAUUGUUGUAUACUCUUUACCGAUCUAAACUGAAACAAAUUUUCUCUACUAGUUAUUCCACUGCACGGCAACACAAAGUGCAAUAUACUUGAAAGUCCAGAUAAGAGAAUGGAAUUGACGGUCGGAAUAAUGACACGAUCAAUUGUGUUUAUAAAGUAACAGAUAUUACUUUAGGGCAUAUCAUUUAGAAUAUGCAAAUGACAUUGUCGUACUUGAAAAUAGCGAUGUUGAUGCUAGACAAAAGUGAUAAUUAUAUUAUUUCGGUGUCUUUGCUAUUCAUCUUGUUAGCUUCAUCUCGUAGUGUUAUUCUGUUAUGGCAACUUGGGCUAUCACACGUCUAUGUUGGAUUGUACGUUAUGACUGACUGAUUUGAAGAAUAUAACAAAUUAAGGACAAAACCAGCUAACUAGAUAUUAGCAAAUUUUAUUGAAAUGAUUCCAAAAUGUUAACGAGAAGUACUUGUUCAAUAAAAUUACUAUGUAUUAGUAAGAGUAACAAACAGAUAAUUUGAGGCAUCCUUAGCGUACAAGUAUGUCAGUGUUUUAAGUUUCUGAAAAUUAAGGUAUUUUGAAAGCUCUGCUUUAUGGCUAACUUGAAAAAAGGCUUUUUGCUUUUAGGAUAUUAUCAUCUAUUGAUGUUUGUUUGUUAAUCAAAUGCGGUUGUGAAUGUGACUCCAAAUGCAGAGAUGUGUCUUUAAAAGGAUUAAAUAAGAAAAUGUUCAGUUUACUCUAGCAAUAUUUUAAAUUAAAAAGAGCAAGGACAUGAAUAAUAUGAGCUCAUUUUAUUUCGCUAAAAAUUAACUCUCAAUCUCUUAUAUGAGAUUGGUAGUAUAAAUUAGCUCAGUCAUCCACUUAAAAAUCAACGGUCAUACAUACAAAUUAGUUCCAAUGUCGCUUAAAGUUUAUUUCAUUGUUGUUAAAUAUUUGUCUUCAUUCACUCUUCGUUUUCUUGACAGUCAAAAACGAUGUGCUAAUUAAUGAGCGAAUCCGGUUAGAAAGAUUUAUUAAUCAUGGUCAUCUGUUUCAAAAAUAAUGGGACAAUUUGAAAUGGGAGAAAUUAUGGAUUGUUCGAUAUUCAACGAAUCCUUAUGUGUGUUGCACAGCAUUCUAUGGGCAUAGCAUGUGUGCAAGUAUGUUGAGAUGCAGUUUUGAUGAGUUGAACAGACAAGAUGUUUUAAAAUAUAAUCAAUAAAAGAAAUAUGUAUUUAAAUACUCCUUUCUCUUUCCUCGAUUUCUUCCUUAUUUCUCAAUUGUUUUAUAAAAAGAAAGUUUUUAAGAAAAUACUUCUCAUUGAUAGGAGUACAAAUCACAUAAUAAAAUAAGACUGGGAUUUUGUUGUAUGAACUUAUAUUAUUUUGGAUUUCUACUUUAAUGUAUGUACUUAUGCUUCCCCAAGUUGCUUAUUGUACUGUUUGAUUCAGUCUGUUGUUUAUUGUCCUCUUAUGUAAGAAAUAACCAAAUUAUUAUUAUCCUUUGAAAAGUCUAAGUAGCAAUUGUUAUCAAAUCGUUUAUCUUUCACUAACUAUUAUGCGGCGAUUUUCACAUUCAGCAAGGACUGUUGUACUUUCAUUCUUUGUCCGUCUCGCAGUUUUCGGUCAUUCAAAAUACAGUUGUCAUAUUUCUCGUAUAAGCUGUGUUCUUUUCAAAUUUUUAAAGGUUCAUUACGAACAAUUUUCAAAAGAGCUUAGACACGUCCUGGUGUUGAAAUAUUCUUUGUUCAUGUCAUUAUAAUAAACUUGUUCAGUUUGUACAAAAAUUAUUGGCUUACUAAACUUACGAACCAUCAUGGACAUCUUCGACACCGUUGAGUCUCGUCCAUCGGGUUGUUAAAGUAUAUGGUUCUGAACAGUAAGAUAUAUCAGUUUGUCAACCCUUAUUGGUUAGGAAUAGGUUUUAUGUAACACAGAUCAUGUUGUCGAUGAUGACCUACAUUAGUAAAGACCAUUUCAUAAGGAUACUAUACGUUUGGCUAAGUAGUGGUUUGGUUUUUCAGUCAGUAACAACGUGGAACUUCGUACGUACGUACGUCAGUUCGAGUUGCCAUACCACAUUAGCACAGAGAUGAAGUUGUCGAUUCAAAUCCCGUAGUGGUAGAGGUAGUGAAAGUAUAAGUAGUAAAGGGAACAUUAGGGUUUCAUGGUGUUAUUUAAGGAGUAUAAUCCAGUGGAAUAUAUUUGGGAAGAAAAUAAAGGACAUGAAGAAUUCAGAAGAUUAGAGUUUGGGAGAACACACAGUGGAUGCACCUGCGCCAUUGCAAACGAUUUUGAGCCAUGUCAUUCACGAUCUCUAACCAUCGGUUGCUAUCGUCUCGCGGACCCCAACCAGGUAGUCUACACCUACCAACAUGGCUCAGUCCACUUGUCAGUGACUUCAUGGAUUUGUGCCAUGUCUUGGUCUGGCCGCCCCUAGUUUCAUCCAAUCUACUCCUACACUAUAAAACAUCACACGUCGGGGCAGUCGGUGGUCGGGCAUACGUAACACGUGUCCCAGCCAUCUCAACUGAUGAAGUUGCUACAGUCUUUAGAUUAAGUUGUUCGUAAACGAUAAUUCAUUUUACUCACUAGACUAACAUCAUUCUUUGCGAAUUGUUGGUGGACCAUAUAAUCAUUGACUUGUUGAUUCAGUCGAGUUAAUAUAUUUCUAGUUAGUUUAUUUUAGUGUUCGUAUAAGACAUUUGUUUCGUAAACAUCCAGCCGCGUUAUUGAGAAUCUAAUGCAAUACAUUCAAGUGCACACACUGUUCUGAUCCAGUCGUGAUUAUUGGAGUAUGUAGUGAUUGGAUCUAGAAAUUCCCUAGUCCACAUGUAACAAUCGAUACCACUAAAUCUUCGAAGUAUCUUACUUGUUAGGUUACAUUAUGUGUCUUCAAGCCUGUGAACAACUCCAGUAUAUUGCACUUCCCUAAUAAGAUUUAUGCCAAUUUAGCCGUCACUAGUAAACCAAAAGAUAUCCUAUGUAGUGAAUUUAAUUUCUCUCGAACUUAACAGUAUGGGUAACGUUUUAAUGCAUGUUACUUACCGGAUUCUAUCUCAAGUUUGUUGUGUGACAAUCAAGCUAAGUCACUAAAGAUCCCGUUAGGAUUUCAUUUGGACAUACAUAUUACCGUAUACCUUCACUAGGUGGUUAUCAGUAAAGACAUGUUGUAUUUUACGGUAUAUAAAACAAUAACAAUCAGAAUUGGAUCAUAUUGUUCUAAUGCUGCAGUUGAUGUGGUAACGAACUGAUCAAGUCGAUACAAUCUCUGUUAAACUGUUAAGUAUGAUCACUCAACUAGCAUGCAUCUUUAUUGUAAAAGCUAACAUCUCUCUCAAGAAGAUACAGAUCACAAUGGUUGACACAAUCCCCAGUAACAUAUUAGUCUAAAACAAAACUUCCGGACCUGAUAUAGGAACCCUUCUCAAUCA